ACACACUGUAUAUAGAAAUAAUCGUUUGCUAUCGAUAACUGGUGCGAAUACAUCGAUACCAAAAUGUCGGUAGCUUACAGCACUGUUUUCGAUUGCCGGCACGCAAAGAAAAAACAAAAUACAAACAACAAAACGCGAAAUGUUUGGCACGGUAAAUAAUUAUCUUUCCGGCGUGCUGCGAUCUGCAGAGGACUACGAUGGAGAUAGCUUGGGCACAUUUCUAUCGCUGCGCGACGUUCACGUGCAAAAUCACAACUUGUACAUAGCACAGCCAGAAAAACUCGUGGAACGCAUGCUGAAGGCGCCGCUAGACGAAGUUGUUAUUGCCCACCUAAAAGUGCUCUAUUACUUGGCUCAGGAGCCACCUAACUACAUGGAGGCAUACACUCAACAGGCUGCCAGCUGCUCGGCGGUCGUUAAGUUGUUGCAGCAGCUCAAGGACGAGAACUGGUGCCUACCCCUCAUGUAUCGCGUGUGCCUUGAUCUGCGUUAUCUGGCGCAAGCCUGUGAAAAACACUGUCGCGGCUUCACACCCGGCAAUAUACUGGAAAAGGCUGCCGAUUGUAUGAUGGCCUGCUUUCGCGUGUGCGCCGCCGAUGGACGCGCUUCGGAGGAGGACACCAAGCGUCUAGGCAUGAUGAAUCUGGUGAAUCAACUGUUCAAGAUCUACUUCCGCAUCAAUAAAUUGCAUCUGUGCAAGCCGCUUAUCCGUGCCAUUGAGAACUGUACGUUCAAGGACAGUUUUCCGUUGCCGGAGCAGAUCACCUAUAAAUACUUUGUGGGCAGACGAGCUAUGUUCGACUCUAAUUAUCGCGAGGCUGUCGAAUAUCUCUCAUAUGCAUUUACCCAUUGUCCAGAUCGAUUCGCGAGCAACAAGCGAUUGAUACUUAUCUAUUUGGUGCCGGUUAAAAUGCUGCUCGGCUACUUGCCACGGAAAUCCCUUCUGGAACGCUACGAUCUGCUGCUCUUCCAUGAUCUGGCACUUGCCCUGAAGGCUGGCAAUGUUAAUCAAUUCGAUGAAAUCGUUCGGCAGCAUGAACUAGUGCUCAUUCGCAGCGGCAUUUAUUUGCUUGUGGAAAAACUGAAGUUCAUUGUCUAUCGCAAUCUAUUCAAGAAAGUGUUUAUUAUUCGGCAGUCACAUCAACUAGAUAUGAGCGACUUCUUGACAGCGCUACAGUUUGUCGGCGUUACCGAUGUGUCCAUUGAUGAGACGCACUGCAUCGUGGCCAAUCUGAUUUACGAGGGUAAAGUGAAAGGUUACAUCUCACAUGCGCACAACAAACUAGUUAUAUCUAAGCAGAACCCAUUUCCUCCGUUGAUUUUGGCUUAAUUUUAUGAGAAACUUUUAAAUAAAAAAUCAACUAAAGUCUCAA